CAAUCAGUAUUAUGGAGUUAUCACAGGCCGCUACGAGCACCCGUUGCCUGCCAUGGUGCACCAAGAACGAUUUCAUAUUUUUUCGCCUAAAUCUCCAAAGGGUUGUUUCACGUGCACGUCCUAGUUCACAAGUAUGGAGGACAUACACGUGGCGCCCUUGGAAGCGGCAAAUGCUACGUCUCCCGAAGAACCUGGCGAGCGGGCUCAGCAGGAAGCGACGUUCUUUUCAGCGCUACGGUACGCCGGUAGUGUUUCUCUCGCGGUCCUGAGCUUCCUCCUUCACGCAGCCGACGUGGCCUCCAGCGUCGCCUUCGCAAUACUGAUGCUAGUGUAUAGAGACGAAGCUCAAGUUGUGGAGGCGAAGCUAGACUUCACGCUGUGGGCAAGUCUUGUGCUGGGGCUGCACUUGCUGGCGGGCGUCCUCGUCAACGUCGCUGCCCUGGCGGAGAGUUACAGCGUGCGCGAGGCUCCUUGCCGGGUCCGCCCAAAGGAGGUCUUGGUCUGCCUCGUUCCUUGGUCACUCUCCUGGUGGGCAAUGUUAAGGCACGUAGGCGUGGCGGCGCGGGGAGAGGUGUCUGUGUCAGUGGUAGAGAGGGCGGCGCACACACGCCUCCUUCAGGCUGUGUUCGAGGCGGCACCGCAGGGCGUCAUCCAGACUUAUUUCCUGAUGAAGAUGUAUGUGUGGUGGGUGCCUCUGCUGAGCGUCUGCAUCUCCGUCGCCAGCGCCACCUUCAGCUACACAUUCUUCGUGAUCUACAAGUACUAUGACAACGUAAGGGAGUUCCCAGUGCCGUGGAAAGUUCUGCUUGUGGCACUUAACGCUUUAUUCACCCAUGGAGGCAGAACGUUCGCCACGGCCAUGCUGGCGUUUGCGCUGCAGCCGUGGAUCGCAGCCCUGUGGAUCUUCUUCAUCGCAGCCUUGAAUCUGGUGCGGUGGAAGUUCAAGACGUGGGAGAACGACAGACUCACUCGGAUCAAGAUCUUAUCUCUCCUCGAGACUUUCUUUGUGGCAACCACCAGACAGAAGACCAUAUACACCACCUUCGUGUAUGUCGUGUUCACCUUCGUGUUCAUGCAGCGGUUCCAUGUCGAAGGUCUUGCCUGGACGGUGUGGGGCAUCACGUUCGGCGCUCUGUUGCUGGGGCUGGCGCUGACGCUCGCCACUUGGAGCAUCUACUUCAGGGCUUACGAGGAGCUCAUCUUACCUGCGGAAUCAGGCCAGAAGCGAAACGCCGAGGAAUAUGAUAUCACCUGAAAGACGGAAGGCAUUUUGAAGGUCUUUGCGUUGAGGAGUGUGCAUGCAGUGGCGUGUUUAGCUGAAAUACAUGCCUAUAUUUCGUUUAUAUGAUUCACGAGUAAUUUGAAAGAAAUUAAGCAAAUCAGCUAAUUUAUCGCAGCAGUGAAAUGGCGUUUUUAUUAUGGAUGUUAUUAGGUGGACUUAGUUAAGCCUGUGAGCCAGCAAAGAACAAACGAAAAUUGUCACUGCUUAAUCAUGUUUUUUCCAGAUGAUACUUCCCGAGGAGGGUCACAGAGACGUGACAGUUUAACUCAAUAAUAACAUGACCUUUCAUAACUUUGAUAUUGACCUUUGAUAACAUCUAUAGUAGCUGAUAACAGAAUUAAUCGUCAAAACAUUCCAAGCUCAUCAUUACCUCGAAUAAUUUUUUGCUUAUAACUUUACAGUUUUUACGUUCAUAUUUAUACUUGUAGCCUAUUUGUGCCCAUUUAAUUUAUUCGUCUUUUUGACCGCUGCCAAAGAGUGAUAACUACAUAACAACAUCCUGUUACCCGCAGAAGACAUGUUAACAACACAAACAAAUAUACUCAUUGAUAGAUACAUAUUUGUAUUCGCACAAGUGGUUAUCAUCAUGAAUAUUAUUAUCAUCAUUAGGGCAGAGCUGUCUCUCUAUGAUAAACAUUUUGUAUGAGUAAUGAAAAUACAUGAUAUAAAAAAAUG